UUUCUCCUCUUUUGCUGCCCAAGCAAUCGGACUUCAAGCUGGAGGUUUACGUAAAGCUGCCCUCAGCAGGCACCGUCUCGAGAACAGCUUUUAUUUACUAUUCAGCCGGGUGUAAAAAUUGUCAGCGGUUCUAUUACGGAGUAAAAAAUAAUAGUUGGAAGUAUAAGAAGUAAAAAUUGCAGAAUUCGUUUGAAAAGAAAUAGUUCAUUGUGCAGGCUCGUCCUCCACACGGAGCCCAUCUAUGCACCACCUCUGAAAGUAAUAAUAAUGUUGAUGAUGAUAACGAUGUAUUCUUCUUUCAAAUAUGUGGGUAAUACUUUCAUGAAGCAUUGCCAACAAAAUGACUAAGGGAAGAGGGACUAUAUGUUCUACAAUCAGACUGGGUACCAUUCUACUCCCAAUAACUCUGCCAUAAUGAGAAUGAUUCCUAAAGACACACUGCAGAACUGAACACCAAGAGACAGCUGCUGCAUAUACAGUCAGGAAACAAACUGAAAAACUGAGAAGCUAAUGGUGAUGCUGGAGUCUCCAGAACCAUACUGGCACUGCACAAUCAGGAAGUCACUUCAGUUACGAAAGUGCCGUGUGUAAGAAGCCACAACAAAUAAGUCUCCAUGAACAGGAAGCCUCCUUGUAGCUGUUGGCUCCGGAAACAUAUCAUACUCGCCAUGACAGAGCUGAUGAUGGCUAUGUUAAUUAUACUUAGUGAAUGUCCCGCAGUUUGACAGUAACGUGAUUUAUCUACACGGCAACAAAAGAACCCUAUGUCAACCAAUGGUCACACAUAUCAGAAAAAAAGAAGCUUCCGUCACAGCGGAGGCUAGGAGCUCCCAAAUUAGAACUGUAUUUUCCAGCUGGAAGCUAGUCAUUUAAUCAAUGGUUACUGUAAUCUACUUCCUAUCAACCUCAACACAAUCCCUGUAUUUGAAAAAUUUAGUUUCCUGUUGAUACAGAAUGUAUACCAACGACUAAAAUACAGUAGAACAAAUACUGUAAUAAAAAAUCUGUAAGAUGCUGUGGAUUGCAGGAUGAAAGCAAUAAACUUUCUCCUUGGAGAUGGAGAAGGCUUCAGGAAAUCAGGAAAUCUUCACAGACAAGCAUAUAUUCAACUGAGGUCUUGAAGGGUGAGCAGGAACUUAUCAUUUUAAGAAGAAUGAAGGGCACCCAAACAAGAUAUAUAGUGGUUUGAAAGGAGAUCUCAUUUUGUUUGAGACUGGAUAUAGUUGAAAUCAAACCAUACACCAAGAGGGUAUGAUGGAUAAGAAGCCCCCGAAACCAGCUCCUCGCAGGAUCUUCCAGGAAAGGUUAAAGAUUACCGCUCUACCUUUGUACUUUGAAGGUUUUUUGUUAGUCAAGCGGUCAGAACACCAGGAGUAUAAACAUUAUUGGACAGAGUUGAGAGGAACUACACUUUUUUUUUAUUCUGACAAAAAAAGUCCAACAUAUGUUGACAAGUUAGACCUAAUAGACCUCACAUGCCUUACUGACCAGAAUUCAACUGAAAAGAAUUGUGCAAAAUUCACCCUUGUUUUACCAAAAGAGGAAGUGCAACUGAAGACAGAAAACACAGAAAGUGGGGAAGAGUGGAGAGGCUUCAUUCUUACAGUAACAGAGCUGUCAGUUCCCCUACACGUGUCACUCCUUCCUGGGCAAGUAAUUCGACUGCAUGAAGUCCUAGAGAGAGAGAAAAAAAGGAGGAUUGAGACAGAGCGGAUACCGAGUUCAGCUAUAGAAAAGGAGCAGGAACCUAUUGAAGAUUAUGUGGAUGUACUGAACCCUAUGCCAGUAUGUUUUUAUACGGUGUCCCGGAAAGAAGCAACUGAGAUGCUUGAGAAGAACCCUUCUUUGGGAAAUAUGAUCCUGAGGCCCGGUAGUGACAGCAAAAACUAUUCCAUCACUAUCCGGCAGGAGAUAGACAUGCCAAGAAUCAAGCACUACAAAGUGAUGAGUGUAGGAAAAAACUACACUAUUGAACUGGAAAAACCUGUAACGCUCCCAAACCUUUUCAGCGUCAUUGAUUAUUUCAUGAAAGAGACUCGAGGAAAUUUACGACCAUUUAUAUAUUCAACCGAUGAAUCCCUUGAGACCAAAGGAUUUCCUGUGCCAUCUGUAAAACUGAAAAAAAGUGUUUAGGGUGGAGGGGAUUAUGAUAUAAUUGCUUCGUGUCAGUUAUCUAAUGCUGUGUAUCAAACCACCCUAAAACGUGGUAGUUAAGUCAAUAAUCAUUUAUUUGCUCACGAUUCUGUCUGCUGGCAAUUUGGAUUGGAUUCACCUGGGCAGUUCUUCUGCUAGCCUCACUUGCUGUCACUUACACAAUGGUAACCAGCUGAUGGCCUGACUGGGACUGUAGGCUUCAAGUUGGCGUCAUUCACACAUCUGGCACUGGUGGUCAGCUGGAGCUGGCUGAACCACUCUUUUCACAUAUUCUUUAAACUGCGAAGUUAGCUCACACUUUCUCACAUAGAUCUUGGAGCUGUUAAGAAGAAAAGGAUAGUUCAAGUCCUUGGGCUAGAAAUUCUUAGUGCUAAGAAUCAAGUAUGGCCCUCUCUGUUGGAGCUUUUAAUAUAGGUGUGAAAUGAAUAAAUAAAUCCAAGUGUGAUGUGUCUUAUGUA